CUAUCCUGUUGGAGGAGUUUGGAAAUGGAGAACUUCUGUGAUACAGAGGGGUGAUCUGUGGCAGGAGCUUUAUGGUGCUCUUACAUACAUCUAACUAACAUUGGAAUGUGGUGGUUUAAAGGCAGAGUUGGGUCACUGAGAGAGAGGCCAUCACGGCCUGUGGCUGAUUCUGAUCCAGAUGUGGCUGAACGAUUGGCUCUAGGUAGCACUGAAACUCUGACCAAUGGCAGUAAAGCUGACCUCCAGGCUGCUAAACGGCUGGCCAAACGCUUGUACAAUCUCGAUGGAUUUAAAAAGUCAGACGUGGCACGACACCUGAGCAAGAACAAUGAUUUCAGUCACAUGGUAGCAGAGGAGUAUCUGAGUUAUUUCAACCUCUCAGGGAUGACAGUGGUUCAGGCACUGAGAGUGUUUUUGAGAGAGUUUGCCCUAAUGGGUGAGACACAGGAGAGGGAGAGAGUACUGUCCCAUUUCUCUAGAAGAUAUCUCCAGUGCAACCCAAACAUGAUACCAAAUGAAGACAGUGUUCACACAUUGACUUGUGCCGUGAUGCUGCUCAACACUGAUCUGCAUGGACAUAACAUAGGAAAGAGGAUGACCUGCACACAGUUUAUUAGUAACCUGGAGGGGUUGAAUGAUGGCCAAAACUUUCCGAAAGAUCUUCUCAAGGCUCUUUACAACUCUAUCAAAAAUGAAAAACUGCAGUGGACAAUCGAUGAGGAGGAACUACGGAAAUCUUUCUCUGAGCUGGACGGCAGGAAAGACUCUGCGUCGCACACCAUGAAGCGGAACAGCAGUGGAGGAAACCCCCUAGUCAGUGUCGUGCAGCUGUCCAACACUCAGGUCUACAAGAAUGGCGUUCUUGUGCGCAAAGUUCAUGCUGAUCCCGAUGGCAAAAAGACUCCACGAGGUAAAAGAGGUUGGAAGACAUUCUAUACCAUCCUUAAGGGACUGAUUCUCUAUCUGCAAAAGGAUGAAUAUCAUCCAGAUAAACAGCUGUCUGAUGAGGACUUGAAGAAUGCAGUAUCAAUCCAUCAUUCUUUAGCCAUGCGGGCAGCAGACUACAGCAAGCGGCCCAACGUGUUUUACCUUCGCACUGCAGACUGGAGAGUCUUUCUCUUUCAGGCCCUCAAUGCAGAGCAAAUGCAGUCCUGGAUCACCCGCAUCAACACAGUGGCAGCCAUGUUCUCUGCCCCUCCCUUCCCAGCAGCCAUUGGCUCACAGAAGAAGUUUAGCCGCCCUCUUCUGCCAGGCUCAAGCACCAAGCUCUCACAGGAAGAACAGCUUAAGUCUCAUGAGACACGGUUUCGAGCCAUUUCUGCUGAGCUCCAUGAUCUGCGCUCUUCUUCUCAAGACCGCAAGACCAAAAGCAGGGACCUAGAAGAGUACAAGCAAAGGGAAGAGUAUCUGGACUUUGAGAAAACACGCUACGGAACAUACGCAAUGCUUUUGAGGGCUAAAAUCCGAACAGGGGUAACAGACCUGGUUGCAUUUGAGUCCCGUUUGUUUGACGACGGUGGCCUGCAGAGGGCUCACUCCAGCCCCACUCUACCCCAGGACAACAGCCAUGCCAGAAGCAAUGAAGAGUCUAGCAGGAGCAGCAGCAGUGCCGCCCGCAGCAGCAGCACCAAGAGAAGCAAGCGCACAGAUGCUCAUAGACACAGCUACAGACAGGCUGUCAAACAAUGAGACAUCAUGUAGCAAGUGGGCCACUUAUCCCAUCAGGUAUAAUAUAUCUCUAUUCAGGGGAUGAAUGAAGAGUGUAACUGGUCCAGGACACCUGGAGAUUACUCUGAUGAUUCCUCUCAAGUCAUUUUGAAUUAUAUACUGUGCUUGGUAGGGGUUGCUAAAAUCUGGAGAAAUGACCACAAUAGCUUACCCAUAUAUGGCCACUGGCUCCGAGAACUGGUAAAGCAUGCAUUUCUAGCCAAUAACCACAAGCCCAAAUCUGCAAGUGGGGCCAGAUGAGGAGGAGCACCAACCUCAUGGUAUUUCUGUCAGUCUUUGUUUUUGCCACAGACCUGUUCAGUUUAUCUUGUACAUUAUGCUUGUUUAAUGUUGGUUAAAAUCAUAGCACUUGUGUGCCGUUUUUUUCCAGUCGCUUUAUUUAUUUCUGGUGGCCCCUGGGAGCGAUAACCAAAAGAGAAGGAAACCUCUUUAUCAAAUGAACAUAUGUUGUUCACCUUAUAUAUUUAAAGCAUUGUAGAUUUAGCUUUUUAGACUGCAGUUUCUUUAUUGGAGGCUAAUCAAGACAUGUAGCUUUAAAAGAAAAUCUGAGAAUUUAGUUUGUACGGUCCUUUAUGUUCUUAAAGCAUGUGUCAAAGCAUGCCAAUGGUUGAAGACAAUCAGUUCCUUGUUUGGUACAAUUACUGAGAAUAUGAAUGUGUUUAUUUGGUUAUACCAUGACUAUUGACUAGUGAUUAUGACACUGGGCAUUUUUCUUGUCAGAAUUAUGCAAAUGAAUUUGCUCCGUGCACACUAACAAAAUGACCAAAUCUCUUUGUGAAAUGAUCAUUAUAAAUGAUCAUCGUAAUUGACCCCAUUGUAUUAUUUGGUAUAAUGUAAGAGAAUUGUGUAUGUUAAAUAUGUACUGAGCUUGAGAAUGAUGUGAUUCAAAUCUUUGUGUCAAAACCAUUUGAUCAUGGCCAAGCCAUUUCAUUCUCAGGCACUCGUAUUCAAAUUUGAUUCAGAAUGUGCUACGGCGACACAUUCUGCCACCAGAGAGGGCACUAACAGCUGGUUUGUUCUGUAUAGCUACGUACACUAUAAUACCUCAAUUGCAUUGAGAGAUUUUUUUCAAAGAAGUGUCAUUUGGUCAGAAAUACUAGUACCUGUUUAAUAACUGAUGGUCAAAUGUUAUUUUCUUAUGAUCCAAUGAAUUCCUGUGUGGUAUUGCUUUGUUGACAACAACAAAAAGAAGCUUUUAUUCCGCUUAUCAUCACCUCAUUAAUUAACACGAAGAAUCCAAGAAAUUGUAAAACAUUUAUUGUAAAAAAAACACACCAGUGCAAAUCCAGGUUGUGAAGAUCUAAACUGACUGUUAUCACUGCCAGCAUACAGAUCAAAUUCAGACACUGAGAAAAUAAAAUACACAAAACAAAUUAAGAAGUAUUUUUAUCAACAGAUUAUUAUAUGGAUCUGGGACCCAAACUCUGGUGGCAUUUCAAAAGUGUUCUGCUCCUCUGCACUAUGGGUAAUAGGUGUAUUUAAUGAAAAGAGCUAUUUAUAUAUUUUUAAGUUUUAUUAUCUGUCUUGAGAAUUUGUUUAUGACUGAAGCAUAUUGACAUAAGGGUUUAUAUACAAGAUUUUAUAGGGAACACUCAACCACUCAAAGUAGUUUGGUGUCACCCAAAGAUUUUAUUGUACUUGUAACAUAUUUCUAUAGCUUUUUUGUUUGGGUUGUUGUCCAUUCUAGCUGUAUAUAAUAUGAAUAUUAUGUUACUGCUCGGCAAGAAUAAUGCUAUAAUGUUGUAUGUUUUGCA